ACAGCUGCAUCAUCCGACGGAGCGACUCUUCCCCUGCCAUGGAGCGCUCCGGGCGCGCCUUCGAGUGAGCUUCCGGCGGCCGAGCUCAGCGCCGCGGGCGACCCUUCCUUCCCGGCGCGAUGGAGCCCCCCGCGGGCACCGGCGGGGAUCCCUCGGAGAGGGCUCGUCUGGUGGAGAACCGGGGCAGCCGCAGCGCCAGUAGCCUCCGCCUGAAGAGUCUGUUUGCAGGCUCCCGGGACGCUAUUUCUGGCCCUCCUCUGGAGAAUGGGCGCGCGGACCGGCCCCUGGCAGGCCUGGGGGCCGAGCCCUCUUUGGCCAGGCACUGCCACCUGGGGCCCAGCUCCCCCGGCCAAAGCCAAGAGAAGCUGCAGGCCAGGGGAAAGCUCAGGAUGGCCUGCACCAUCUGCUUCCUCUUCAUGAUUGGGGAGGUCAUCGGGGGCUACCUGUCCCACAGCCUGGCCAUCAUGACAGACGCAGCCCACCUGCUGACAGACGUGGGCAGCAUGGGGGUCAGCCUCUUCUCCCUCUGGAUCUCCGCUCGGCCACCCACCAAAAUCAUGACGUUCGGCUGGCAUCGCUCAGAGACCCUGGGGGCCCUGGUCUCCGUCCUCUCCAUUUGGAUCGUCACAGGGGUCCUGGUCUACUUGGCUUCCGUCCGGAUCAUCAGCAACGAUUACGAGAUCGAAGCUUCUGCCAUGCUGGGCACCUCGAUCUGUGCCAUCGGAGUCAACGUCAUCAUGGCCUACCUCUUACACCAGUCAGGCUCCUCACACAGCCACGGGCUGGGCACCGGGGGCUACGAGCGGAUCGGCGACAGCCCCUGCGGGGGCCCCCCGCCCACCUGCAGCAACACCAGCAUCCGAGCGGCCUUCGUCCACGUUGUGGGGGAUCUCCUCCAAAGCAUCGGGGUCUUUGUGGCUGCCACGGUGAUCUACUUCAAGCCCCAGUAUAAGAUUGCCGAUCCGGUCAGCACCUUCCUCUUCUCCAUCUUUGUCCUGGGUUCCACUCUGACGAUCCUCCGGGACGUCUUCCGUGUCCUCAUGGAAGGAGCCCCUCGGGGCGUGACAUUCGGUGCCGUGAAGGAGGUGCUGCUCUCCAUCAAGGGCGUGAAGGAUCUCCACGACUUGCACCUGUGGGCGCUGACCCUCAGCCAUCACAUGGUGGCUGUGCACCUGGUGGUCGAGUCCGGCGCUGACACGGAGAGGGUGGUCCGGGAAGCCACGGGCCUGCUCCAGAGCAAGUUUGGCUUCAUCUCCUGCACCGUCCAGGUGGAGGGCUAUCAGGAGGCGAUGGGCACCUGCAGCCAGUGCUGUGACCCGCGAGACUGAGGACCGCCAAACCCGAGGCACCCGCCUUCUUCAACUGCCACUCCCCCGAGAUGCCUAGGAAGGCCUGGGGCCACCCCGGGUGGGCCUCGUUCGCCCACCACCACGGCCAGGGGCUCCCCACUGCCCACGCCCCACCUGAGCACGCUGGGGUGGGGAUGGGCACCUGCCUCUCCUGCCCACCUUGGGCCCCAUCCUUCCUCCAGGUCACAUUCCAGCCAGCUGCCGAGGUGGCCCCUGGCUUUCCUGACUGCUGCUUUCUAUGUCCAUUUGCCUGUGUCUUUCGUGUGCAAAAAGGGGGUCGAGGCCGGUGCCCCCUGAGCCGGGCAGCCGCUUCUGGCCAAGCUAUUCUGUGGGUUCAGGCCGGCCCAGGGGGCCAGGCCGGUCUGGUCGCUGUGGCUGCAUGUCCGUUUUUUGCAUGUGUGUGUCAUGCUAGUAGCAGGACGUGAGCCUGGGGAGGAACUGCCAAGCCCUUCUUGCCACAGCAGGGGAAAGGCAGGGAGGGGGGCCAGCUUGACUCCUGCCGGCCGUGGAAGUGGCCGCCGGGACUGGCUGCGGAAAGGAGGCCUCAAGGGCCGGCUUGGAUCCCCAGGGAUCUCAGCCACGGCUGGGAGCCAGAGCCGGCUUCCGAGCCUGCCUGGGCCCAGCCCGAUCCUGCAUCUCCUCUCGUGGACAAGCUUGCCUGGGGAUCAGGUUGGGAACCUGCAGCCUUGGCCAGGCUGGACUGCCAGCCCUACCCGCCCCUGCCAGGCUGGCCCGUGGAGAGGCCUUCGCGAAUAAAUGGGAGCCAUCGUUCGUAACAUCUGGAAGGCAACAAGCCUCCCGCCAGCACCGACCCCAACCAUGGGCUGUGGCAGGAGACUAACGCGACAGCAGCCCCACCACCCCGGGGGCCCUUAGGCCACCCCACAUCUUGUAUGGGGCAGCAAAAGGGUGCAAAGGCCAGCUUUGGGUAUCCGUGGCUGCUGUAUGUAAUGAAACAGGCACCUCCUUCAGGCCAGCAGCUGGAUGAGGAAGCAAGAGGGCAAGACUUGGGGGGGGGCAGGCACGCAGGAAGCCUCCCAGCACCUCCCUGGCCGGGCCGGCAUCAGCCACGGUCUGCCAUUCCUCCUCUGCGUUCAGUGCAAGGGGGUGCAAGGCAGGGGCUUCCUUCCUUCCCCCUCCCCAUCACCACCGCUGACCAAGGAUGCUGAGCACAGAGGCCUUCUGGGUCGCCACCAGUGGCUCUUUGACUGGCAGCUCAGAAAACGUGCCCCGGGUGGCCAGCUGCAGGUGGGGGGGCGCUUUGCCGUUCCUCUCCCCACAUGCUCUGCCCCACUGCCCCCUCCCUAGCUGCCUAAGCCCUUCGCUCCCCGUUUCAGCAAGGCCGCCCACUGCCAACCCUCCGAGGAGGGGCACAGCGGCUGCUCUGGGGGCUCAUCUAGCCCCCUCCCUAAAUGCCCAAAAAGAACAAGGAAGAGGAGUAGAGAAAGUGCUGUUGCCACCACACUGAGGGGUGCCAGGCCAAGCCACUCCUGCCCGCUCGUGUUGUCUCUGUCGGAUCUUGUAGACGUCAGUGUGUGUGUGUGUGCAUGUGUGCGUACACGUGGGUUUGUGUAUGUGUGUGUUUUUACCAUGUUGUGUGUACCAGUGGCUCCAAAUAAAAUGACCUGC